AUGGUAACGACGACAACAACCGGCAAGAUUAGCUUUCUGAAGCAAGAUCCACUUUACAGCCAGGAAAAGCCCUACCUGGUGUUGCUCCCGCCGUCUCAAGAUGCUGAGAUAGACAAAAGCAUCCCACGCAGCAACCUGUUGUAUGAAUACCAUUUGGUGGAAAUCGGAGAUGUGAGAGGCCACGCAGAAAAGUAUCAAAUCGAAGAAUGUGGCUUCCAGUAUUUCCAGCACAAGACUGCUGUGAAUAAUCUCCCAGGCCUUCAUGGCGACGGGCCUACUCUCGAGGAUAUCGACACCUACAAGGCCGAGACCGAAGAUGUACUCAAAGACUUCUUUCAAGCAACACAUGUUGUUUGUUACGACCUUCGCAUCCGCGAGAAUGUGUUGUAUGAAAGGGAUGAGAUCGACCUUCGUGACCCGCUGCUCAGAGAAGGACCGGCUGUCGGGGCACACACAGACGUCACGGCACGCUCAGGGCCCGAGAUGAUUUUCAAUCAUCUGAGUCCAGAAGACUACGCGAAAUUCCACAGCCCAAAUUAUCGAUUUCGUAUUGUCAAGUGA